AUGUCUAUACAAGCAGCUAGCCUAGGUGAUAUUGAUGCUAUUAUAAAUGCUACUAGAAAUUGGAAAACAGGAAAACAUAUUACUGCUCUAGAAACAAAUAUCACAGAAGCAAUUACUCGACUUACAGACCAAAUUGCUCAAUUAA